GGUAUGUCACGCUGAUGACAUCUGAAGCUAGUUCAAGGCUAACCUCGUCAAAAGCAGAAACAUACUAGAUUUCGGGACCACUGUUACUGUCAUUUAGCUUUUUUUUCACCGUUUCAAAGCUUUAAUCAUGAUGCAAUUCGUACUUGGCUUCACUCUGGGUAACGUGGUUGGCAUGUAUCUGGCACAGAAUUACGAGGUACCCAAUAUUUCAAAGAAAAUCGAGGCCUUUAAGAAGGACGUGGAGGCCAAGAAGAAGCCCCCAGAAUGAAGGACGCAAGUCACGUGUGAAAAUAUGGCAAAGUGUAAUAAAUUGAAAUGGGGGGGGGAUAUUUAAAAAGAAAAUAUACACAAAAUAUACACAAAAGAGCCCUCAAAGUGCACAGUGUAUUCAGUAUGGUGCCUCAGACUUGUUUUAAAGGUUGACCUGUUCUGCUUUUUGCAUUGUAUUCUGUUUCAAUCUCUUUCUUUCCUAAAUCAGGGUGAAUAUGUUCACGCCUGACAAUUCGAAACAAUGCAGUUUUAUAAAGGCUUCUUAACAUUAUGUAUUAAAGUUAUACUAAUAAAAUGUUUGUUUUGA